CCCAAAUCGAAGCAUUUAUUUGUUGAAUACUGGAAUGAAACAUCGGAAGUUCCUAAACGGCACCGUAUUUAUACCCUCAAGUCUUAACCUGUACUCCUGUUCCAAUAGCAAUUGCCAACAGCAACUACUCACGCCUUUGUUCCAACUGCCAAAUUUUUCUCGAGACUGAGAGAUUGGGACUUGAAAAAAACUAACUGCUAUGGCAAUGCGGGUGGCUGCAAGAAAUGCAUCUAGAAGGCUAUUUAGCAGCGGCUCUGGAAAAAUACUCAGUGAGGAGGAGAAGGCCGCUGAAAAUGCAUACUUUAAGAAAGCUGAGCAAGAGAAGUUGGAGAAGCUUGCUCGCAAGGGACCUCAAUCAGAAGCCAAGCCAGCCACAGGCUCAGGGGGUUCAGUACCUGAUGCCAAGCCCAGUGGCUCAGCACAUACAGAUGCAUCAGCUGAAAAGGUUUCAACUGACAAGUACCGGAAUUAUGCAGUUGUGGCAGGUACAAUAACAUUUCUUAGUGGUUUGGGUUGGUACCUCAAGGGCACUGCAAAAAAGCCAGAGGUGCAGGAUUGAAGAUUUCAAUGGUGUAUGUUCUGAUUUUGGUUUUGGACCUUCCGGUUGCAGCAGUUGCACAGAAAUAAAUGACCAAACACACAGUUUUUGUUGCAUCAUACAAUUACCAUUGUGUUUUUUUAUUUCUUCUGAUGUUUCAUUGUAAUCCCUAUAUGCUUGAUUCUAUUAGCAUGAGGAACAUCGAAAUUGAUUCUCAUAGUUUUUCAAAUGUCAUGCGGUUAAUCA